CUACAAUUAAACUUCUCAACCUCGAAUAUUCACAUACUCUCAGGGCUCCUGAUUGGAUACCUAAAUCUACUAAGCUUUUAAAACAAUAGCUGCAUUGUGCCAGAAGCAAAUAUGACAACAUUCUCAUCCAUUCCCUCCUACAUCCUUGGCGGCGCCUGCGUCAGCCGCGGGAUAAUGGCUCUCCUCUCACCACGAAAAGAGUACAGUCACGUUGGUCUUCUUCUCGAACCCAGCAAAACCAACACUGAAGGCGGUUCUGUUUCACCUCUUAUGUACUUCAAGGGUCUUCGUGAGAUAUCAUACGGUCUUACGUUGAUGGCGUUGCAAUAUCAGAACAACGAGAGCGCCGUGACGACGUUUUCAGCAAUUUUGUCGAUUGUGAGACUUGGUGACGGUUUGGUUGUUUGGAUGAAUGGGGGUGGUGAGCUGAGAUAUAAAGCUGCUGGCCAUUGGGUUACAGGACUAGGGUUUGUCGGAUGGGUGAUUUGGAGAUGGAGCUACUAGAGCGCCAGAGAUGGAUAUGAAAUCAUAGGCCGGAAGGAGUGGACAUAUAUUGGUCCAGAAGGUUAGAAACAUGAGAAGGUUCAUAGACACGGUCAAGCUCCCCACUCCUCGGAACAUAAAUUAGGAUGUACUGUGUCUCAUAUACAUUCUUUCUCAAGCUGUGAACACUCCCCAACAUUUCUGGCGGAUGAUGUGCUACAACCAUCGAAAAUACAUUCAUAGAAUCACUAAAGC